UUUCCCUGGAAAAGUUUGGGAACAACGUGAAAGUAUGAGUACCUGGGGGAUUUAACAGCAACAAAAGGAGGACAACAGGAAUACAUUUUAUUAGUAGUACAAUUUAUUAGUUAGUAGAAACCAUUACCGCGGGUGUCAAAAAAUGAUCGCCUAGGGAAACACAAAGAUCGUUUAUGCCUUGAAAGCUAGUUCAUGUUUCAACAUUUGCCCAGCUAAUUUGCCUGGAAAGUUAGGGUUGUUCAACCUAAGUAGAAAAAAAAAACUGCAGAGGAAAUGGUGGAAACCAAAAUAAUUUAUCGUAUCGACGAGGAGGAGACGCCGUACCUGGUGAAGAUCCCCAUCUCUUCGGAGGAAAUCACCCUGUUAGAUUUUAAACAAGUCCUCAACAAACCCAACCACACGUUCUUCUUCAAGUCUAUGGAUCAGGACUUCGGGGUGGUGAAGGAAGAGAUAUCAGACGACUCUGCAGAACUUCCCUGCUUUAAUGGAAGAGUGGUUUCUUGGCAUGUAUCCUUUUGCCACUUGGCUCGGUCCAGAGCAUUGUCAGGGGUGAUAUUGACUGAGCGCAUGUCCUCUGCCAAACAGUCGAGCCAUGGCUUCUUUGGCCAGCUGUGUAGUCGUCAUCCAGGUGGUAGGCUGAUUUCACCACUGUGUCAUCAGCGCUUCUGAUUAAGUGGCCAUACCAGUUGGGCUUUGUGCGUCUUGUCGAUUAUGGGUGCCACGCCCAUAUGCCUUCGUCAUCUUCAUUCCGGACACAGUCGAGUAGUGUGAUUCAGACCAUUUUCAUCUCCAUAUCAUGGAGGAUCUGCUCGUGCUUUGUGGUGAGUGGCCAGCACUCAGAGCCAUAUAACACGACUCGGCAUAUGACAGUUUUGUAGAUCUUGCCCUUGAGUUGUACGUCUGUAAUUUGUUGCCAUUUGAGCCAUGCCACGUUGACCUGUGUGCAAAUCGUGGUAAUUUACCAAAUAAAUAUUUUAGUUUUUUAAUGUUUAUGACUGUUAUAGUGCCAGCUGUGGUCUGCUCUCCUCAAAACUUUGCAUGCUUGUUUAGAAUCACCUGUCACAUGUGCUCAGCAGGUUUCAUAAAGGUUUGAGUUUUCCAUUAGGCCUUAUAGCAUUUUGGGUAAAUUUGGACAGGCCCCUUUUCUAAACGAGCCUGUAAUAGCUUCCCAAAAGGUAAAUUUCAGUAUUAUGUCCAGUCAUGUGCGUGAUUCACUUUGCAUGUCCUAAAGUUCGACCCCCAGAUCUUAAUUUGCAAGUACAUUUUCAUUGGGACCUAUUUAAUAAUUAAAUUUUUAAAUACCCAGUCUAUUAAGAAAUAUGAAGAAUACAUAUUAUUUCAGGAAAAUUAAAUAUAUGCCAUAUGCAGUUGAUAUACGUGUACAUUAUUCUUCUAUUACAAUAUAUUGAUAUUCGUACUGGCAUUUAAUGGCACUGUUCAAUGGGUAAAGUAAUUCAUCAGAGUCAGAAAUUCAACAAACAAUCACACACACGGCUUUAUUGAAUGGAAUGCUUAUUCCAACGGAGUUCAGAGACUUUUGGCUGCUUUAUAACCACCAGAUUACGCUGUUUUCGACACUCUAGAAGAUUUGAAUUUUUUCCCGAAACAGUCAGAGGAAAGUCUCUGUGAUCACGAGGCUUUGUUUGCCCGUCACUCCUGUCAACUGUUGAAUUAAUGAGCGUCACGUCCCGCUUGUUUCCUUUGAACCGGAAGACACUCCCACUUUUGACUCAAGGCCUCAUGGGGCGUAGGAAACUUGUGGAUAACGUUACUUUAAAAGCUUGCGCAAUCAACUGUUUGUGAAAUGGAGCUUUGUGCUCUUGUAUUCUACCUUUCACAUUCGGCACAAAUCAUAUUGACGAUGUAUCUAAAUGCUAACGUGCUCCUAUGGUGACACAGUGAGGCGCUCAUGUAUAUGUUUUGUGUUUGUGUGUGCCGGCAUGAUUACUUCAGCUUACCAGCAAAAUCAGGUUAAGCAAAAAACAAAUAAGAUGUCGCUUUCUGCCAUUUGAGUUUCCUUUCUGUCACAAAACUGAACUGAAACUCAAGUGUAUAUGUGUGUGUGUGUGUCUGUAUAUAUAUAUGUAUAUAUAUAUAUGUGUACACUGUUAAAAAAAAUGUUAUUUUACAGGUAAUUGUCUGUAUUUUUUUUACAGAAUUUUCCUUUUUUUCAUUAUACAACGAAAUACCUGUUGUUUUACAGAUAUUUUCUGUAUUUUAAAGUUCCACCAUUGAAUUUACAGAUAAUUGUAAUUUGGCAUUACAAAGUAGUGUGUAAUUUUACAUAGAAUGUUAUUUAAUAUUUACAGAUCAUUCCUGUAAAAAUAGGGGGAAAAUGGAACCACAAAUCAUUCAAAAUGUCUUUAUAAACAUAGAUAGUGUUUAUGUGAUAGAUAGACGUGAUUAUGUGAGGGUUAAAGUGAGGUUAUUAAUGUCAAAUAAUAGUAUUUGUACAUACAAUACAUGUACUAUAAAUAAUGCAUUGUUUCUUUUUCUACUCUUUUAACCUUGUCUUGCAAUGCUUAUUUUAAACAUUAUUUGGCAUUGUAUUAUUUUCCCCUAAGUUUCCUAACCACAUCUAUUAUUCAUUUGCAUAUUAUGUCUUGUCUUCAUGUUUUUCCAACUCUGCAUUGCAUUUGCUGUGCAAUCAAGGCAUGGCCCUGCAUCAGUGCUUUAUUAUUACUAUUGCUGUUGUUAUUGCAUAUAUACGUUAUUACAAAUUAAACUUUGGUUUAUUUCUGGGUUCACCAUGUCUUGGUAGGAAAGAAAUGCCCAUGUCACAUUAAACAAAAGUUCACAAUUUACGUUUUUCUUAUCCAUAUUUUUUUUUUUCAAUGACUUCAGCUACUAUAAUAUCAACA